AUGGGACCAUUCUUUUUCAUUAUAAAGAUCUGUCUUGUACUAAUCUUUGAUUACUUUGCCAAGUCACUAUUUCCUGAAGCUACCACUCUUUGGCUUAUACUUACCUCGUUCCUUGUCUGUAUAGUGAUUCGCAACACUGCAAUGUUUCGCAAUCUAGUGAGUAGCUUUACAAACAAGGUGUCUCGGUCGUCCGACACUAUCCUUUCUUCUCGGCAGGAACUGCUUCUUUCUCUUUACAAUUUGAGCCAAUAUCUUGAACGAUCACAUCGAGCAAACGAUGCAAAGCGUGCUCGCUAUAGACGGAUGCCAGCCAAACAUCAACAUAUCUGUAACUCCAUUGGAUAUCCAGAAAAACUGACCCUUGUGGAUACUCUAUUGGCUCGGAAUAAUGACACUAUUAUGAGAGUUUACGCAGAUGGAAUUGUGAGACACCAUGUGACUGAAGAAGACUUAAGACAGAGCAGACGAUUGGCUCGAUCUACAAAUCACUAUGAUUACUUUAGAGUGGUAGAAUCCCUCUGUCAUCUUACCAGAGAUUGGUCAGAAUCUGGAUCUACCGAGAUUCAGCCCUUGAUUGAUUAUAUCUGUGAUAAUAGCCGAAAUUUGGAUCUCAAGAACACCACGGUGAUAGUUCCAGGCUCGGGACUUGGCAGGAUUUCUCAUGAGCUAGCAUUGAUGGGGUUCAAGGAGGUACAUGCAGUGGACUUUUCUUGGCUUAUGACUCUAUUUAAUGAGUCUAUCUACGGAUCACGCUCACAAAUGGCAUCGAUUUAUCCAUAUGUUCACAACUACUCCAACCAUUGGCAAACAAAGGACCAAAUGGGAUUAGCAACUUAUAGAUACGGCAUUAGGCAGCCGGAGAAUUUACAUAUUCAUUGCCAAAACUUCACAGAGUUUACUUCUCCAGCUGAAACGGCUGCUUACAACGUUCUAAUUGUCACCUGCUUUUUUAUAGACACCGCUGAGGAUCUCUUGAGUUAUGUAGACUCAAUCAACCGAAUUUGCAAACCUUUCAAAGGAAAGAAAAGAUGGAUCAAUGUGGGACCUUUGAAAUAUGGAACAGCUCCCAAAGUUGAACUCAGUAACGAAGAGCUAGGUGAUUUGACUUCUGCCAUGGGAUGGAACCGUAUUCAUCAACUAAACUCCCCUACUAAACUAGGUUACCUGACGGAUACAAUAGGCCUAUGGCAAGGAUACUAUGGAGUAUGUAUGUGGACCGCAGAAAAGAAAUGUUAA